GGCUGUGAAAGAUGACUUAGAGAAGGGAUGGAUCUUUAUCCUGAUGGCGUUUGUUGAUGCUGAUCCUCUGAAGCUUUUUUAUUUAUUUUUAUCACCAUAAUAAGGCUCUUUUUUAUUAUUAUUAGUGUGUUUGUUCCUUCUUUGGAGUUAAUUUCAUGUCUCACUUUUACACACUCGCAUCUGCAUAACUUUAGUUGGGGCUCUGGGACGCUCACAGCAUGUAUAAGUUAUGCAUUUUGGUGGUGAUGUGCUGCGCUUUCACCUCUUGGUGCUUUGUGGUGCCAAAGUGCACCAGUGCAGAUCCAAAGGAAUCAGAGGCAAAGACUGGGAUUGAAAGCAGUGCAGAGGAAAGGCUGCAAGAAGAGAUGGAUGGUCAGGAGGAAAUCAUCUCUAAGCUGCUGGGUGAUUAUGACAAGGUGAAAGCCCUCUCUGAAGGCGCUGACUGUGGGUGUAAAUGUGUCGUCAGACCCCUGAGCAGGAGCGCCUGCAGGCGGAUUGAAGAAGGAAGCGCCACCGCGCAGGACUUCUACACCGUGGAGACCAUCACCUCCGGACCGGAGUGCAAAUGCGCCUGCAUCGCACCUCCUUCUGCGGUCAAUCCAUGCGAGGGAGAGUUCAGGCUGAAACAACUCAGGGAAGCUGGGAAAAAAAACAUCAAGCUGUCCACCAUCCUGGAGCUGCUGGAGGGUUCCUUCUAUGGGAUGGAUCUACUGAAGCUGCACUCUCUGACGAAUAAGCUCCUGCAACGAGUGGAUCACAUCGAGAAGGCGGUGUCUGUUGGCCAAGCAAAGACUCAAGGGAGUCCUGUAUUAAAGACAAAAGUCACUGAAAGCCCAACUACUCCUCAUCCACAUCAGGAGGAGAGAUUUGGUGAUGUUAGUAAGGCGGCAGCUUACCACUAUCCAGAGGAAAGAUUCAAAGAAAAGUUUACGACGGAAAAUCCAGCCACUCAUAAGCCCGUUGGCUCUGAUAGGAUCGCUGAGAUCAAGGUUCUCAAUACCACGGCUAACAAAGAGGAUUCUCAGGUGUCGAAGGCUGGAUCUAAUGAAAUGAUCAUCAGAGGGAUUACUUUUUAUAAAUCUGAGCCUGAUGCUGUGGAGCCAGACCCCAUGGUGGCAGAUGACGGAGAGCCUGGCGAGAACAUGUUUGAAUACCAUGAAUUCAGCGGAGACGGCUCCAUCAACCUCUUUAUUGAAGAGAAUCUCCUUCGUCAUCAAGCCACUCGGCCCAGGACACAAGCUUGGUUGAGAUCAUUUAGGCGAAAGUCCACUGAUCCUGUACCCAAGAGGAACACCCCGUCUUUAAAACUAAAGGAAACAAAGCCCAUCUUAACGUCUCAUAAUGAGAUCAUUAGUGAUGGUGGAAUCAAGUCCUUGGAAGUGUCUGCAGAGGUGGCCACAGCGAGAAGCGUUAAAGCUGGACCAACCAGUACUGCAAACGGUUUACAAAUCAAAAACCGGGAACCUCUGACAGAUUGGCCCGUUCCCAUGACAACAGCUCCAGGAGCUUCCUCAACUAUCAGCCCACCUGAAAACACCAAUCAAAUUAAACUGAGUCCAACCCAACCCUCCAACAGGCCAGACAUGAAGGAAACGAUAGAACCGUUAUCCAAGGGAUAUUCUCCCAUCUCCAAGAUGGAAACCACAAGCUUUGAGCUCAAAGAUCAAAAGCUGACAACUUCAGAUCUUAACUUCAUGGCAGAGGCUCAAACCAUGAGCCGGCCAUCUGCUACAACUAUUACACCCUCAGCUCCAGCACAUCCCACAAUGUAUUCCACCUCAGUGCACAGCAACGCAUCAACACUGCAAGAGGAAACUACUCCCACCCACUCAUCUGAUCCCACUUUACCUGGUGACAUGGCUCUACGCACCAUCCCAGCUGUAACCCGCUCCCCUAAAGUCACCAGCACUCCCAGACUGACUGCUGCAGUCAAAAGGAAAUACAAAAUUAGCUGGGAAGAAGAAGAUGUAGGGGCAGAAAACCUCGACAUACAACAACCAAUGCAAAACCACAAGGAAUCAACUUCAAGAAAAACUGGGGAAUGUAAGGACACUUUGGCAAGUAUAUCUGAGCCAAUCACUCACAACACCUAUGGUAGACCUGAGGGAGCUUGGAUGAAGGAUCCCAAAUCCAACGACGAGAAGAUCUAUGUCACAAACUUCCAUUAUGGGAAUAACCUUCUGGAGUUCCAGAAUCUGGAGGUUUUCAAACGAGGCCGUUUCACCAACUCCUACAAGCUCCCCUACAACUGGAUUGGCACCGGACACGUGGUCUAUGGUGGGGCCUUCUACUACAACCGGGCCUUCUCCCGGGACAUCAUUAAGUACGACCUGCGGCGGCGCCAAGUGGCUGCCUGGACUAUGCUGCAUGACGCAGUGUUUGAGGAGUCCUCGUCACCAUGGGAAUGGCGCAGCCACUCGCACGUUGACUUUGCCGUGGACGUUAGUGGGCUUUGGAUCGUCUACCCGGCGCUGGACGAAGAGGGGUUCUUACAGGAGGUGGUCAUCCUGAGUCAGCUGAACCCCAUAGAUCUCAGCACUCAAAGGGAGACCACCUGGAGGACUGGGCUUAGGAGGAACAACUUUGGGAACUGCUUUGUCAUUUGCGGAGUUUUGUACGCCGUGGACAGCUACAAUAAAAAUGAUGCCAACCUGGAAUAUGCCUUUGACACACACACAAACACUCAAAUGAUUCCUAGGAUGCCCUUCAUCAACAACUACACCUACACCACCCAGAUCGACUAUAACCCGAAGGAAGGGGUUCUAUACGCAUGGGACAACGGACACCAGGUCACAUACAACAUUACUUUUGCUUAUGUAGAUCCUUAAGAGCCUUUUUGUCUUUUUUGUUUUUUAUAUUUUUGAAUGGAUUGUAGAUCAGUCCACAAUGGCCACAGAAACGAGACAAACGAGGCCAAAUGUACAGAUAUACUUAGUGUUUACAUUGUUUAUAUUAAAGUUUACAUUUUGUAUAAAUAGAUUAACCUUCAAUAUUUGCAUCAUGUUUCACUGAGAACUGUCUUAUGCCAAAUGAUUGAAUUGCUUCAUGCUUAUAAAGAGAAUUAUAAAGAGAAUGAAAAUAAUACAUGCCUUUCACAUUUUCUUUUAACCAAUAAAAGUU